AUGCCUGACGGUUACACCACGAGCACUGCAUUAGUACUGAAAUUAGUGAUAAUCGGUAACUCAGGUGUCGGCAAAUCAAGUAUAAUAAUGCGAUAUUCAGGCGAACCGUUCAGAGAGUCAUAUAUUUAUACGAUUGGAGUCGACUUCAAACUCAAGACACUUCUGCUAAACGGAAAAGUCAUUAGACUUCAGAUUUGGGACACAGCGGGACAGGAGAGGUUCAAAACUUUCACUACUUCCUACUACCGGGGUGCUGACGGUAUAAUCAUGGUGUACGACAUCACCAACAUUGGCUCAUUCAAUGCCAUCACCGAAUGGCUCAAAGAAGUGGACAGAUAUGUUAAUGACAGGGAUGUGACCAUUCUUUUGAUGGGAAACAAAUGCGAGUCCAGUGACAGGUGUAUCAGUUGGUCAGAGGGGCAACGGUUGGCCACUGAAAAGGGUGUCCUAUUCACGGAGUGUUCGGCCAAAGAGGGCACUAAUAUUAAUGCAGCCUUUCUGGAGACCACAAAACAUAUGCUGUCCGCUCAGGGCGUUAAAGAGCGUCAACAUCACCACAGAAGCACUGUUGACAUCAUAGCCACCGACGCCUGUACUCCCAUGUGUUGCUUCCGAUGA